AUGCACCUCACCGGACGCCGACGGUGGAUUGCGGGGUGGCGCGGGCGAUGGUGGUGGUGGGCGCAUGCCACGUCCGGAAAAUUCCUCUACAUAAAUAUUCUGCUCGUCCUACUGCACAAUGCGCUCUCCGUUGGUGGGCUGCGUAAAGGCAAUCUGGUGCUUCCGAGCUCCUACACAGCACACGGAGACGAUCUGGACAUCCAGCUGCAUGCCGAUCCGCAGGAGCUGCAGGCGACGGUGGGGCGGUUGAAGUUACAGAUUGCACGCACCCUCCCGGGUGGGGGCGGCACCGUCGCCACCACGCUCGACAUCCGGUUGGACGCGAACCACAACGUGACGCAAAUCAAAGUGCCGUGCUAUCACUUCCUGCACGGCGGUGACUACGAGCUGGUGGUGCUGGAGGAGGGUGAGGGACAUCAGGAAAACCCCGCCCGGAUAAUUGACGAGAGACUCAGGCAGCCGCUGAAGGUGGAGUGGCCCGUGGCGCGGCUGGCCAUUGUGCCGAACCGGACGGACACGUAUCCCGAGGCGAAAGUGCAAGGUAUCCUAGAGUUCGCCGAUGUACGCUGCCAGCUUCCGGCCAAGGGUGCCGAUUCGCUCGACCUACCGGAGCUGUGGCUCGAGCUGAUCUACUGCGGAAAGUCGGUGGAGUCGUGCAGCAAAGCGAACGCCACCGUGCCCUUUUCGAAGGCACAAAUCCUUUACAUCGAGCAAGUGCGAGGGCUCCCCCGAAGGCGAGUGAUCGAUUUCCGGUGCGAUCUGUUCGGUCUCGCAGGGUUCUACGCGCUCCAUCUCAAACCGAGCGCCGCCAGUCAAACCACCGAUCCUUCCAUGGGCCCGCUGUUGCAGGCCCGUGCCCUCCUACAAGCCGACUGGAGCAAACAGUACGUCUUUACGGUGCACACGCGAAGUAUCUUCCCGUGCGAUCCACACGGACCCGGCAUUCGAGUGCUUUUCCAGUAUCCGGCGUGCAUUCUGAACCAGGCCGAUCGGGUGCGGGUGUACGCGAAACUACGGGCCGACGUCCUCUCGCUCGCUCCACCAACUUCCCUCCACUACAUCGCCGAACAACGCGUCUCCAAGGGGCAGCACUCGCUCUACUUCGAGUGCGAUCUGUUCUACGAAAAGUUCGUCGAGUACUGCUUCGUCUACGUAAGCCAGGCAAUCUCAGGAGCCGUCGCCGACAUACGGAUGGACUGCGUACCAACGCUCCCAGUGUCAGCCUCCGAUUCCGGUGGAUGGGGACCGUGGAGCAACUGGACGCACUGCUCGACCACUUGCCGGGGCGGCAUAAGAAAUCGCUAUCGAUUUUGUGACUCUCCGCCGCCUCGCUAUGGUGCAAAGUUCUGUGAGGGAGCAUCGGUACAGACGGAACGGUGUGGUUUGGAGAGCUCGGGCGACUCGUGGGAAUGCAUGUUUAGUCCAGCGAUCGGUAACAUGAACCUGCCGCUGGAGAUCGAAGAUGUCAACACGGAGAUCGGUCCCGGGUGUCGGUGUGGCUGCGUCAUCCAUCUGGGUAUGGUAAAACCGAAGCGGCUGCUCGGUUCGUCCUCGCACAGCUGUCCCGAUCGUAGCCUGUGGUUGAUCAAAGGGGACGAAGGGUGUCACAUUCGGAUGACGAUCGACUUUCACAAGUUCCCCUGCGACGGCCAAUGGUUAAAGAUCCGUGACGGUGAUUCCGUGGCUGACGAGCUGUUGCUGCAGUUCGGAGCAGAGCAAACAGGAUCGGAAGGGUCCGGCACGGCGGCGGAAGCGUCCGGCAACGUGCUGUUGGUUGAGUUUUUCUCCCGGAAAUCGGAACACUACGACGAGGCAUGCAACGCUGGGUUCCUUGGACAGGCGGAGCAAAUAAAAUUAAAUCAAUCGGUUAUGAUGGUGCCAGGUAAUAACACGACCAUCGCCAGCAAAGUGAUCAUGCCGAUCGUACAAAGUCUACGGAGCUACGCCAGCUUCACGAUUGCUCACGUCUGUGCCAUUGCAUUCAUCUGCUUCAUCGUGCUGGUAAGCUUCCUGCUCGUGGUCCAGUACCUAUUCCGCUAUCGCAAGUAUGAACUGGCGACGAGUCGUAUGGAGGCGGCCGAUUCACCUGCCCAUACGCUAUUCGGUUCGAGUCAGUCACUUGCAGGAGUGGCACCGAUGCAGCCAAGAUCAAGAGCCGUCUCCACAACGACCCUCAUCUCGGAGAUCGUUUCGUACGUGAAGCUACGACCACUAAGAGCGACAACUACCAUCAAGCAUGAGCGCUUCCGGGAGAGUGUGGAGUAUACACUGGAGUCAACAGGAAGUCGGUCCGAAGGUGGACCUUCCGAUGGUAGCACCGAGAUCAUCAUGGAACUGCAAGAUCGGGGAACGGAAGGCGAUCCGAGUCGACGUGACGACGUUGAUGAAGAAACACCUUUACAGAGUUUAAACGACCUGAACCAUCCGGAUGGUCGUGCGGGGUCGCCACGAAGGUUGAGGAAAGUGUCCGCCAACUCCCCCGGGCCAACUGAUGCGCACGAAUCGGACGAAGAACAUUCCACAACCGUGAGUUCGGCGUACUCAUCGUUAAACCGAGAGAAAACUCCUCUCGUGACGAGGAAAAGUGGGACUUCUAAUCGUCCACACGACACCGACACUCUGCGAAGCGAUCAGCACCUGGUGAAAAGUGCCACUUGUUUGAUGACGACUUCGAGCACCAGCACGGCCACGCUUACCAACGUGAGUCCCUCGGAUGUGGAGUGUUGCUCCCCACCCGAUCCGGGUGUUCAGAGUCCCCUGACGCGGCGCAACACCGGCACGUCAUCAAUGCGCGGAACGCGAAAUGCAAAAGAGAGCAAAGAGAAGCGUAACCUGCAGAAGCUUCUGGCUGGGUCAGACUUUUCACUUGGGGCUCCCUCCGAACAGGACAUGGAGAUGGACUAUUACGACUAUAAUGUCAUUAACGCCGGUGCCGCGCCGGGAUCGUACCUUGGUAUGGAUCCGGCGUUCCUUGUGUGGAUACCUCCACUCGACGACGACGACGACGACGAGAACGAGGAUCGCCCACCAAAGAGCGCCCAAGGGGAGGACCUGUCCGACGACGAAGACGGUGAGCUGAGGGAAUUGACGAACCAGCAGAGGGAAGGCGAACCGCGUAGUGCCAGCGUGACUCCGAGUGCCGAACUUAUCCGGCAGCUUGCGGAGCAAAAGCGCAACGACUACAUCAUCGUGUCGCACAGCAUCUCUAAGAGCGAUGUCUGUUCCGAAAGUGACGGCGAUACGAAGCUAUCGACCGAGCGGCGCCGACGGAAGCUACACGAGCUGAUACUUGUCCGGCGGAAGGGCGAUUCCGGUGGUGGUUCCGGUUCCGGUUCGUCCGUCCGGAAGAGUUCCUCCGACGAGUCGACCGAGGAGCGAGAGAAGGAAACUUCCUUCACAAAGUCCCCGGUAGACAAUAAGCAGAUCAGUGAUUUCUACGAAAUGGCCGACAUUGCCUUCGCCGAUGACGAGGCAGAUGAGGAGGAGGAGGAGGACGACAACGGGAAGCUGUCGCCAGAGAGCGGUGGGUUUGGCGAGGAACAUCCAAAGGGUGGCACACUUUUGCCAUCGGCUCGAAUGGUCGAAGGGUCGAAGGAGGAAAGCAAAUAUCAGAAUGUCGUUAUCGCGAGCGAUCUUCGGCGGGAAGGUGAUCAUUUGGUUCAAUAA